AUGAUAAGCGAUUUCACCACAGCUGGUCAACCGUCCACAAGUUUGCGUCGUAUUAAUGUUCGCAGUAUCAAAAAGGCUAGUGUUGGUGAUAAAGAUGGCGCCAGGCCUGUUUACAUAUCCAGGAUUGACUUUUUACGCGCUGAUGAAAAACCAUGCUUGCUAGGACUGGCAUCCGAAAUUGUGAUGUUGGGGCGCACAAGCACGCCGCCGGACUGGACCAUGACUAAAAUCUGUGGUCAUUCCGAUUAUUUGUUCGUUACUAGUGUUUUAGCCAAUUUUAGUGUGAUCAAGCGUUUGCUGAAAAGACGUCAUUUGUACAAGAGUGUCAUUGAGGGGCAGCAAAAAUGCUGGCCCACCCUCGCGAAUGGAGCCACAUCUCAUCUCCGAAAAUGA